AACCACACUAUCACAAUCCCACUCGUUUUCGCUCUUUCUACCAUUUCAUCUUCGUCGUCCAUGUGCCUCACUCUCCACUGCAGCUUCCCAGCUCCUUCCUCUCCCUCUUUUCUCUCUCAACCUGCAUUUCUCCCUGUACUCUCUCUUUCUAUCUCUAAAGGCUUGCGGCUGGGUCGUUGAUCGGUCCUGAUUCAAUGAAUCAAGAGGAUAGAUAGAGGGUUUGCUUAGUGGUUAUUUCUAUUGGUAUUUCUUGGGUAAGAAAUGGUUGCAGAAUCGUGGUUCCGCAGUUUGUGGAGACCUUCAAGGAAACAUGAGGUUGCUCAUGAGAAGGUGUUGGUAGGAGUAUUAGCGUUUGAAGUUGCCAGCUUGAUGUCUAAGCUGGUUCAUUUAUGGCAGUCUUUGGGCGAUAAGCAAGUUGUUAAAUUAAGGGAUGAGAUUAUGAAUUCAGUAGGCAUUAGGAAGCUCGUGUCAGAGGAUGAUGAUUUUCUAGUAGGUUUAAUAUGUGCUGAGAUAAUUGAAAAUCUGAGACAUGUUGUGAGGUCUGUGACCAGGCUCACAAACAAAUGCAACGAUCCCAGUUUGAAGAGUUUUGAGUAUGUAUUUAAUGAUUUUAUCAAGCUUGGUGUUGACCCAUCUGGGUGGGAAUUUAGUUGGAAAAAGAUGGAAAGGAAAGUUAAGAAGAUGGAGCGAUUUAUUUGUGCAAACGCAACUUUGUACCAAGAAAUGGAAAUUCUUGCUGAGCUUGAACAGACCUUUAGAAGAAUGAAAGGCAGUGAUGAUCACCAUGAUACUGUGGCUUUGCAUGAAUGCCAGAAGAAGUUUGUGUGUAAGCAGCAAGAGGUGAAAAAUCUGAAGGAUAUAUCUCUGUGGAACAGGACUUAUGAUUACACAGGUCGCCUUUUGGCAAGAUCAGUAUUCACAAUUUUCGGCAGGAUCAGACAUGUCUUUGGGAUUAAUCAGAUGGCUGACAUUGAGGAAAUGGAAAAUUCAAGAACUGUGAAUUCUGAUUGUAUUUAUCACAGCCAGUCACUUGCUGCAUUAAUGAAAUCUUCGGAUCAUCAAUCUGAGAACAGUGUUCCUAGGUUUUCUUCAGGCCCCCUCGGGAUUUCAACUACCAAAACGGGUCCAGUUUCAAAAAUGAAUAAAACUAACUAUUUUCAUUCAGGCCCUCUUGGGAACGAACUCACAAAAUCUGGCCCUAUAUCUGGAGCUCAUAAAUCUGUUGACUUUUAUUCAGGUCCUCUAGAGCAGUCAAAGGCAAAAUCAGGCAUGCUCUCUGGAACAGAUAAAAGCAGCAAGAGGCUCUGGAACAUGCAUGGGCAUUCGCCAACAUUUCAUGGAAAGAAACUGCAUCCAAAACACUACCGUUUGACUCAAGUGGGACCUUUCAAAGGAUGCAUGAUGGCUGGAAAUAGUUCUCCCGUUAGCAGUUUCUUUUUAAGUUCAAAUGGCAUUCAUUCAAUAAUUCUUGAUGGAAAUAGAGAUACAAACUCAGAGCUUCAUGCUAAUGGAAAUGCACUUCAUGGUAACAUAUCAAUCUUCAAUUCCAAAAGUAAAUUGUUGAAUGCUCUUCCUGAAACUCUUGGUGCUGCUGCCUUGGCACUGCACUACGCAAAUGUUAUUAUUGUAAUUGAGAAGCUAGUGGCAUCUCCCCACUUAAUUGGUCAAGAUGCAAGAGAUGACCUGUACAAUAUGUUACCUGCAAGUGUAAGAGGGGCUCUCAGGACAAGGCUAAAGCCUUGUGCCAAAAGCUUGACUGCAUCGGUUUGUGAUACAGCUCUAGCCGGGGAGUGGGGUCAAGCAAUGGCGGGAAUAUUAGAAUGGUUAGCGCCACUUGCUCAUAACAUGAUAAGAUGGCAAGCUGAAAGGAGUUUUGAGCAGCAGAGCCUGGUUUCCAGGACAAAUGUGCUUCUGGUACAAACCCUCUACUUUGCAAAUCAGGAAAGGACCGAAGCUGCAAUUACUGAGCUUCUUGUUGGUCUGAAUUACGUAUGGAGAUUUGGUAGAGAACUCAAUGCGAAAGCUUUACUGGGGUGUGCCAGCAGUUCAAUAUUUGACGAAUAUUUGGAUUUGGAGGGUUAACAUUUGGGACACCGCAACUGACUCUGAUCGCCUCAUAGAGGACCACCUUUGGCAGUUGUGUUUUGAGCAGCAGAUUUUUCGGUAAGCUGGCCAGUCCAUGAGCUUCUCGUUGCCUACUCACGAUUUCCGAUUGUUUGCUUAGUGAAGAAGUAGCACUACCUCAUUACUGGUUCAUUGCUUUUAUUUAUCCGAGGACACAUUCUUCCUGCAGUUCAGGUACAGUUCUGAGCAUCCAAACAUUCUUUUUUCCUAUUUGAGAACUGAUAACCAUCCACUUAUGGCCAGAGGAAAUUGGCUCUAGUGGUCAUAUAAUUAAGUUGUCAUUUCCCUGAAAGAUGUAUAUAUACGUAAGCAAUACUGUUUUUGUGAUAAUUGUAUAUCUUACCAUAUAUUUUUUUACCCUUCAUCAAUGUAUCUCUCAAAGUCACGCAUGCUUGUUUUCGAGUAUCCAUUUUUUAUCAAUGUAAUCUUGAUUAUUAGUA